AUGGAUGUCACAGACGAUUACACGUUCGACGUGGACGGGGUCGAGCGGGGCCAGAAGGCAGCGCCCGCCGACGCCCGCAGCGUCGACGCCUCGUGGGUGCCACACGCCGAGAGGAUCUACAUCGACGACGUCGACGGCGACAUCACGCAGAUCACGGACGUGAUCACGCUCGACCGUUACAUGCUGAAGGGCUGCAUGCCGUGGGAGGUCGAGUACGACGGCGACGGCAAGGGCGCCGUGGUCGGCGUCCGCGAGGGCUCGGAGCCCGUCGCGAAGCUCUUGUGCGACUUGCUCAAGAAGGGCGUGUACAAGGACGAGAACGGCCACUUGUUCAUCAUUUUCCCUGACAAGCCGAAAGCCGUGCCCCUGCAAGUCAUCAUGUCCCGCUUUCGGGAGGGCUCAGUGGCGAUUCGUGUGGGCAUCGCCGACUCGUGGUCCAGCAUGCCCGUAUUCGUGUUCCAACGUGCUCGGGGCGCAGGUUGUCGCGUGCAUUGGCCCGCGGCUGAGCUCUACAGGGUCUUGGGCGUGAAGGCCUUCAGGGGCAUGCCCAGCAGAUGGUUCCAGGCAUGCCGAAAGAGCUGGCAGGAACACAUAGAGGGCCACUUCCCUGGGCAGCACAUCGUUCAGCCAACGAACUUUGGGGAUAAGAGCAAGACUGACAUUCCAUAUGAGUGGAGAUGCCUCCCGACGCCGUGCGUCAACACCGUGAUGCCCCUGGAGCAGUUGGUUCGGUGGUCAUUCGCCCCGCCAGCCCGCGGGGGGAUGAAGGCCGAGGAUGGGCCAUCUGCGGCCAAGAGCGCUUUGCAGAGUCUGUUGAAGUCCGCGGCCCACUGCGAGGUCAAGCGCGAGUUCAAUAUCCUCCUCUUGGCUGAAUGGAAAUGCAGGUGGCCGAGACCUUCGUCGACGCUUGCGGACGGAAUCGUCGUCGACGCCUACGUGGACUCCGACCUGACCUUAGUCUGGCCAGACGUCGCCAAGGAGUGGGAGCUCGAUCGCCCGAUGGCGCCCCUGCUGGAGUCGUGGGUGUCAAGCAUCCAGCAGACAUCGCCGCUGCACGAGGGCCCGUUCAAGUGCGCCGAGCCGUGGCCGCUCAUGCGCUUGUUACGUGCUGGCGCGAACCGAGAGAUACUCUCUUCGCUCGUCUCUCGGGUCUUGCACCACCUGGCGCUGCAGCUGGAGAGGGUGCUGGCGGGCCACCUUCGCGGCCGCGAGGACUCGGACGAGCCAGCCACGUUCACGUUCACGAAUGAGGAGAUCAGCGCCUCCGACCCCAUGCUCGACGCGAAGUUGUUCCAGUGCGUGUUGGCAGGCUCCCAGGUCUCUGCGAACUACAGGGUCGUUGGCAUCGCCUGCGACAAGGCCUCCCCCGCAGCCAUGGCGGUCACGAACACCCUGCUCACGCAUGCCAACAACGUCGGCGUCGCGUGCUGCCCUGCGGUGCUUCGGGGUGUGAAGGCAACGUCGCGCGUCCGAGGGCGCGGGCGCCCAGGGCGCGGGGAGAUGACCCAGGUCGACGUCGGCACUGAUGACAUGCACUUGUUGGGGGAGGGGGGGCUGAAGAGGAAGCGCGAGGGGUCCGUAGCGCCAGAUUCGGUGAUCCAGCGCCAGUCUUCGUGGCUUCUGAGGGACCAGGACGCGACCAAGUGGCGGCCACCCAAGGUGCACCGACAGACGGCGAUGAAGUGGAUCCAGAAGCUCGACGCCCAGCUCCAGACCAGUACCAUCUACAACGGCUUCAAGUUCUUCAGCUACGAUGCCGAUGUGGCAGCUUGGAGAGACGCGAAUUGGAGAGACUGGGCAGGGUGCGGCGUCGCGAUGGACCUUGGAUCUGACGGGGUCAGCGGCGUGCACGCGCUGCUCUACCACUUCAAGGUUAACUUGUGGAUCUGGCCCGACCAGUCGCACAUGACGAAGUGCGUGUUCGAGGGGAUGGUCAAGCGGAUCAGGAAGUGGGAGCUGUUGUUAUUGUUGCUGAUAUCGUGGAACUUCGAGCACGGCCCUUUCAACAACCUCCCCUUGUUCAUGGAGAUGGCCCCCGCCAUGGUCGAGCAGCUGGAGGGCGCCCAGACCUGCGCCUUCCCGCGCGAGCGGCCCCUGGAGGAGGAGCUGUGGGACUUCCUGAAGAGUCGGUUGAACCACCCCGUUGGCCGUCGCAUCGCGAUGUGUCGGUUUGGGGCAGCAUUGCACGCUUGCAAGAAGAACAAAGGGUACUGGGCGGAGCACCUUUUCGAGCGCACCUUGCCGGCACUAGGGACGGACAUGCUCAAAGGCAAGGGGUUCGUCACUGCGCUUCGGGCCCGCGUCGGCGCUGGCGACGGCGCCGCGGCGGCCGAUGGCCCAACAGCCCAGCGGAAGGUCACGUUCGAAGACAAGUCUUUGCGGGCUUGUUGCGGCAACGCGUGCGUGGUUUCCACCAUGACGCUGUCCAACGAUGACAAUCGACGCUUGAUCAACUGCAUCGUGGCAACCACCAAGCCGCUGGACGACUACCACGCGGAGCAGAAUCGGAGCUGUCGGCCUGUCAAUGCUUGUUCGGGGUGGAUCAUCCGCAUGGUCACUGGGGACUACGCCAAGUUCGUCUGCGAGAACACCAAGCUCUUGCUCAACGUUCACGCGCUCGCGUCUGCAGAGUUCAUGGCGCCCGCCAGCCCAGACUACAGCCUCGGCCAUCUCGUGAACGACGCCUCCAUGGACGCGGUGGUGGAGGAUGAGUUCGCGUACUACUUUGGGCAGUUGUGCGUGGGGUGCGUUACGGAGCUGUUCGUUCGCGGCUUGUGGAUGCACGGCUGGCCUGGGAAGAUGUUCGGUGUCUGCGUGGAGGACCGCGGCUACCAAGAGAGAGUCAUCGACGCCUUCCGCCAGGACCUGGUCGCCAAGAACGGGUACAUGAUCUACGAUGGCAAGACGAAUGUUGACGAGGCUGUCUUAUCGCGGCACCAGUACGAGCUAACUUCUAACAGGCAGAUCAUCGCUGCCCUUGCAGACGUUGACUACCGCCCCCACCAGGACCUCCAGAAGAUGAUCCGUGAUCGGACCUUGCAGCAGUGCGUCGCCACCCAGGUCAUUGAGGACAUGAACGGUUACCAGGCCAAUUCGUCGGCCCCCGUCCCAUGCAGGAAGUUCAGGCGCCCUGCGAGAUUGAUGGGCACGGCCUUGGAGAGCGAGUUGAUUGAGAAGCACAAGUACGAGCCCGUGAAGAUGCACUCGGCGCCGUUCGACUCCCACGACAGGUUGCACAAUAACGCCUUCAGCCCAGCCGAGAAGGACAUGUCCAUGGACUUCAAGGGCGCAUGCGGGACUUCUGACAACCCUGGAUGGUUCAGCCCGUCCGUUCGAAACAUGAACUUGCCCACCGCCGACUUGCACAUGAUGCGCGAGGCGCUCGCCAGCAAUAACUUCUCCAAAUGCAAGGACGCUUGGCUCGGUAACGUGUUCACUCUGGACAACUUGAUUGGCGUUGGCUUCUUGAAGGCCGAUGGCUCUCGCGAGUGGUACUUGGCCCUUCAUCCUUUCCCGAAGUCGAGCGUCCUCUUCUGGCCCUGCACCUUGGGGGCUGGCGGGGGGAAGGCGCGGUUCACCUUGGAGACAGACCUCGCGGAGCCCGUCCAGAAGCCAGCGUGGGAUCUCAAGAGCGACGCCGUCCGCAUUGUCGGCUUGGAGUGGAAGUCGCGGUUCGCGCAGUGCGCCCAGUUGCCGAAGCACGCCCUGGACUCCUUGCGCCCUGGCUUGCGCCUGUUCUGGGACGAUGCUGGCGACGGACCGUUCUUAGAGAUCGCCUGUAAGAAGCCGUGGUGGACGAGUCCUCGCACGACCGUCGCGAUGUACGCGAAGCACUUCGGCUUCGUCGUCCCCGUCGCCUCUUCGUUGUCCGGCCUCCUUUGGAGCGCGUGCAAGCAGGCGCUGCAGACUUCCGACGCCAAGACGGUCGAGAUAUUGUUCAAGCGCCUCUCGCAGCAGAAGAAGGGCGAGCUCGACAUCGACACGAUCCUCGAGGUGGACGACGCCGCUGAGGUUCUCGACAAGAACGACACCCAGAGCAUGGGGCAGGCCAAGGAGUCGGCGGCAGCGACCAAGGCGGGGCAGAAGAGCUACAAACAGGAAUAUGUGCAGAAGGCCACCCAGGUGGCCCAGGCAGCUGCCAAGGCAGCAGCCAAGGCCAAGGCGAAGGGUAAGGCAAAGCCGAAGGCUGCGCCUGUGAACAGGAGCCUGGAGGGGCUCCGCCACAUCGGCCAGGCGGAGGCGCGCAAGUUCAUUCCCGAGUACGGUGCGUCGAUCUGGCGCAACAACGCGGGCCAGGGUUGGUGCGGCCACGUUCCGCCGAACCCGCGCACCAGCGAGCCAUUUGCCGACCGCGGCGGCAGCAGUGUGUUGGCCCUCAAGGCCGAGUUGAAGACGAUCUGUUCGGAGUGGCUCGAGAAGGAAGGGUUCGGGGUCGAGAGGAGCGCGAACUUCAGCCAGUCCCCCACCAACAUCAGGGGCACCCUCGGCGCCAUGAAGACCACCAUCCAGGACGUGCCCAAAUGGCAGAACAACGAGGAGCUGAAGGCCGACAUCGAGAAAACCCGCAAUAUGAUCAAGGAGUUCGGUGUUCGCCAACAGGCAUGGAAGGAGUCGGUCGAUGCCCUCAGGGAGCUCAAAAAGAAGCUGGGCACGGAGGUCGACAGCAACACGAGGCGCCAGCGUUACAUGGUCCAGAAGUGGGAGGACUUCCCCAGCGAGGGGAACGUGCCUGCUGCCGUUGCUCACCACCUCGCCAAGCUGAUCCAGGGAGGGCUCCUCGACCAGAAACUGGGCGCAAUGGGGGAAGACUUCAACGUCGGCGUGGAGUCUGCCGACUUCACCCAGCCUUUCGUUUUCGACAAGACCAGCCCCGUCAAGCAGUCGGGCCAGCAGAAGAUCGCCCACAAUGCCGCUUUCGCCGAGGGUUCUAUGACGAGCAAGGUUGCGAUGGUACACGCCAAGAUGCAGAAACCAAGCGAGGAGUGGGACUACAGCACGGGCGCCCUCGUGGACUUGCAGUUCCCCGGGGAGCUCGCCAAGUUCCACGCCAGCCUCUACGUGAUCGUCUCCAACGUCGGCAACUUCCGCUGGGACCAUCGCUGCUACCCGUUCCACGGCAUCAGCGCUUUCAUUGUGGCUGACACGCUGGUCUCAGUCAUCACCGUCAUCAAGCUCCAAGCUGUCAUCAAAUGCGGCGCCCCCCACAUUUCGGACGUGCCGAAUGCCCUGGGCGAGAAGAACGAUAUCCCCAAGAAGCUGAUGGCCGACUCCGAGACCAAUGCCCGCGCCGUCCUGAUUCACCCUGGUGGGGGCGCGUGGGCGCCCUUCGGUUGGAUGCCUCUCAUCUUUGCAUUUGGCCAGGGGCAGGAGCCGAUGGUGUCGGCCAAGAGCGGGGACGGCCCAGUGAGGGGGUCGAUCGUAGUGGCCCGAAUUGUCGAAAGCCAGCCUGGAGAGAUUCUCCACGCCGUGCGCCAGAACCUUGAGACCACUGUGCAGAAUCUCAAGGUCCCCCCUUUCGUAGGGAUGAAGGGGCCGCUGCAGGAGUACGUCAAAGCGUGGCAGUGA